AUGACUACGACUGAAGCCGGCGAAGCAGCAUUGGGGUUGUCCUACCUCGUGUUCACGUUGGUAUUGACGCUGUACUACCUCAAAAUGCUGUCGCCGGUGCUGUCCAACGACCUGUGGUGGGAACGGUUCAACGCGUCCGGCGCCCAAUCGUACGUGAUUGAUGUGUACAACGGGCAACUCAAUCUUGUCACACAUGGCACGGUGGACUUUACGUCGCCCGUGUUUGGCAUUUCUAAGGACUACUCGACGUACUACACCCCCAUUGAAGUCACGCCAACGUAUCCCCGCAUGGUUGCGCAUGCCCACUCGCAUGACAUUGCAGCGAUCAUUACGAAUCUUCGGACAUUUUCUGGACCCGAAGCGCUCGACACGCAGUACUGCUGGUUGGAUUUCAACCGGACGUGGGAAGUGGCACACACGUCCAUGCGCCAAAAGCGAUGCCAAACGCGUUACAUUCAGAAUGCCGCCAUGUUCUGGGAGACCACGGCGCGGUUGGUCAACUGGAAGACAUUUAUGGACAAGCGCGAAGGCGAAUGGAACGUGACCGUGGCCGAUGGCCUGCGCAAGACCCCCGAAGGCAGGGCGUGGCUCGCCCGAACCCCCAAUGCAUUCAAAGACCUUCCAACUGAGAUGGCGUUGUGGAAGCAAGCGGGGUUGACGUACUUUACACUUCAGUACAUGAAUGCUGUGACGUGGAGCGUGACGGAAACCAUGUCAAUCGCGAAUGCAUUUGGCAGCCACGAAGCCAUUUCCAACAAGCGCAUGACGGGCAAAGAUCGCGACUGGAGUCUGUGGAUGUAUCAGUGGUCGCCUGGCAAUGACAUUUACGUGGCACAAGCCUGUGGCUACAGCUUCAUUCGAAGUGAUUCAGCCAACCAGCAGUUCACGUACCCAUGUGACUACGCCGACUACCUUGUCAACCCAGCCAAUUACACGUGCGAUCCGUGUAACUCCCCGUGGAAUCCAGUGCCAGGGGACUGUGCGCCGGAUUGGGAGUGGAUGAUGGGCAUGCCCGACGUACCCAUCGUCCAAAUGGUGCGUUCAAAUGUUGGUCCGUUUGGCUCGAUUGAUGCGUUCUUUGUGCCAGCGCCGGCGUCGCUCAAGACACUGUACGCUACAUUUCACACCCAUUUGACCGAGUUGGCCCAGUCCAACCAAGCGUUUCACAAUGCGUUGGUGUCCAUUCCUGGGUACCAUGCCGACCCGGUACCUCCCUCGUGGUUGAAUCCGUCGUACGAGUACAUGGGGGGUGAUCCCUCUUGCACGGACCGCCAGCCGCUGCCUUUUGUCCAGUCGUCGAUGGCGUUUGACAUUGCCUGCACCGACCAGUCACGCCACAUGAUGUUGUUGCAUCGAUUCAACACUCUGUUUGCGCUUUGGGCAUCAAAGGCGUCACCCCGAACAAUAUGCUCGCUGUGUCCGACACUAGCUUCGGUUUGUUUGUCUGUCGUGGUCCCUUCGGCCACUGCACUUGACCUGUUCAACAACAACGCUGUCGCCCCCCCUUCCGAUAGCCUCGUGCAAGUUGCAAAGGCAGACAUUGUGACGCUGAAUGUCGGGACGUUGCAAUUUGCCUUCAACAUCGUUGAUUCCAGCAACGUGUUCCUGACUCAACCCCUUUUGGCGUCGACUUUGUCCACAUGGGAUGCAUUUGGCUGGGUAUAUUUGUACGAGUGGGCGGCCGGCAUUCGAGAAGUUGUGUCGAUCGAAGGGGACCGCGGUGUUUUCCCUGUGGUUUCAAACACGUACGACCCUAUCAUCAACGAAGCGGGAGCGCUGGAAGUGCCCAAAAGCGCCUGCCACUAUCUGUGGAUCAUUUCUGUCACCGUCAGUGCCAUCUUGGUCUCUGUGGGGGCUAUUUUCACUUUCUACACCGUCCUUAUGCGGUUUCGUAUUGUCGGGCGCAACCUGUUUCGAUUCAAUCGCAUCGUGGGGGCCGUGUGGCUGGGUCGACCGUUGCUCUUGGUGCGCGGCAUGACCGCGGUGGUUCUCCUGAGUACAUCUCCGUUGGACUUUGGUGUUAUCCAUGGCUUUACUCGUUUUGAAUUCGCGCCUCGGACGUUUGUCGAAAGCAUGAUCGUCAGUGGGGAAGCCAUGUGGAUCUCGUACGUAAUCCACGACGUUUUGUUGCUCUUCACUCGACAUUACGAGCUUCACUUCGCCCCCAUCAGCACCGGACUAUGCUGGCUCGUGUAUGUCAUCAUUGAUGUGGCCUCUCCAUACAAAAUUGAGGCCACCUUGGACCAACUGUGUACGGUGGACUACCGUAUCUGUGGUAUUCGGUGUACCAGUGGGGCCAUCAGCAUGGGCAAUGUGAAGCGCGCCAUGAUGCUGCUUGUAAUUCAAGUCGUAUGCAUCGCAGUCGCGUUUUGCGUCGUCAAGGUGUGGCAAUGUGUACGACCUACCCAAAGUGCCAAGUCGGCGUUCACUGGACACUUACUCCUCUCGGGGUCGGCGACUGCGUUCUUGCACAAGGAAACCACGGAAAAAGGAGCGUGGAUGGUCGACCGGGCGGCGUGCGUCAUGUGUGGCCUGCUCACGUUUCGCUCGUACUUUUUUGACACAAAGUUGUGGCUGUUGCUUGUCGACCAAGACGCUAAUGAGGUGGUCAAGUGGAACAAGAAACUGUUUGAACCACCCGAACUGAACCUCGCCCUGCGAGAUGACGAGGCAGACGUCAGCAUGUACGCGAGUAAAGUCGUCCAGAUUAGACUUGAAACGUCCUCUCGAAAGCGGUUCUUUGCAAUGGCAGCAGGCCUGGGGUAUGUGUUUGCGACCAUCUUUGCCAGUGUCACGUACUUGACGCUAACGUCUACCAACAUGACCAAUGAUUUUUGGUGGGCCAACUACAACGCGUCCCGAGAGCACGUGUACGUUGCUCGGAUGUACAAUAGCCAAUUGCUUUACCGACCGCACGGAGGUACGGUGUCACUCGACAGCACCAUAUUCGUCGACGACGCCGACUACAACUCGUCCUUGGCCAAAGGGGUAGAAGUGACCAUGGUAUCCUUGUAUGUAUCUCAAGUCAAGUCAACGGAUGGAUCGGAUAUGGCCACGGUCGUGCGUGGCCUCCGCCACAUGGACGCAUGUUUGGCGCCUUGGAUUUCCACGCAGUACUGCUGGCUGGACUUUGAAAAGACGUGGGAAAUGGCCAACUCUGUCCAACGACAAGUUCGAUGCAGCCAAAACUACACAGCCAACGGCGCAGUCUACUUGGAAAGCGUGUUGCGCAAUGUCAACUGGAACCGCCUGCAGUCGUGUUGGGGAUCGUCCUUGAGCACUGCGAUUGGUACACCACUACGUCAGUCCGACAAGGGGACCAAGUGGUGGGCUAGCAUUCAGUCUACUAGUCAAACAAUGACCGAAUCGGACGAAGUUAGUUACUGGCAAUCGUUUGGCGUGUCGUUGUUUUCGACCGAUUGGCAAAAUUACAAGUCCAUUGGAAUAAUCGACACGUUCAACGUCCAGAAUGCAUUUGGCAUUUCAUACCCCAUGACCCUCAAGUACACGAACGGGUCGAUGCAACUGUCCACCCAAACCAGCUUGAAAAUGUACUGGAGCUUUGCGUCCGACUUGUGGGCUGUCACGAGCUCGACAAGUGGCAUGGGUGGCGCCAGUUUACUCCGUGGCACGCCCCACUUUGCAUUUGCCUCCAAAUCGAUGGCCGACAUUCUCGUUCUAAACGGCACUUUGGCUGCCUCUGAUCUAGUUACUGGCGCGUUAUCCACGUUUGGGCAAGCUAUCGGACCGUUGGGGUCGGUAGAUCUCAAGCGCAUUCCACCUCCUGCCUCGCUAAUCGCGUUUAUUCUAACGGUCAAAGACGCAAUCGCAGAAAUGCGCGCUCAGUCCGCAGUGGUCAACUCCGAGUACCUAAAGUUGAAGGCGAAUUUGCAAUUCCCGUAUUCCCCCGAUGCGUGGCUUGUCGAUAAUCCGGCGCAAUUGACGGUCGGCGGGAACAUAUUUUGCAACGAGGUCCCUGCUGCCAGUGUGGUUUCUGGCCUCUUUGUUUUCUCGGGCGGGAUCAGGUCGUGUAGUUCGCAGUUGGGCGAAACCCUAGUCCCACCUACCAUGGCGCGACUUGUCGCUGUUGUUGGUGCGCAGUAUACUCGAUCUACUCCGCUCACGACCAACCAAUCCACGGCCAUUUGCAGCCAAAUUCGCGACACCAUGGCUGUCAAGUGUCCCACCGUGUUGUUGAACCAACCCACGGGGUUUCUUCGCAACACGUCGCUGCUACCAGACCCAGCCCUCGUGACCAUGUGGGAAGAUUUGGCCAGUACUGCGCAAGCCGACAUGUAUCAGACAAAGGUGGAAAUCAUGCAGUAUGGCACGACGCCGACCUCGCCCGCCACGACGCUUCUUCGGCAUGAAGUGUUUGACCCGAUGUUUCCAAAUUUCCACUACCUUGGCUGGCUCUUGGCGUACGACUGGGCCCUGAAUUAUCGCGAAGUGAUUUCGUUCCAAGGCGACGUCGACACAAUCAAUGUGAUGACGUCGGCCACGUACGACUCGACGAGUUUGGUGGAUCCGUUGGAAAUCCCCGUCAACGUGGCCUACUACAUCCGGUACGCGUGCAUUUACGUGACGUGUGUUAUCAUUUGCGUGGCGGCGCUGGCCAUGGCCUACCUUGUUUUGAACCGCGGACGUGUCGAAGGGCUCAACUUGUUUGAACUGAAUCGGGUGGCGGGAAUCGUUUGGAUUGGACGAACGUUCCUGUUUAUUCGAAGCAUGGCCGCCAUGAGUCUGCUCAGUACUCAAGUGCUGUCGCUGGUGUCGGUCAACAACUUGUGGCGGUUUGUAUCCCCUUCGGCGCUCCAAGGCGAAAGCAGCGCCGACCGCACCGCUAUCCGCAUCUUCACAACCAUUCUCGCCGCCGGCGAAGUGUCGUGGUUUGUGUUUGUCCUGAACGACGUGCUCAUGGUAUUUACACAGCAAUACACGACAGCGUACGUGUUCAAGUGCAAGUAUUUGGUAUGGGGGCUCUCGGUCAUCUUGUCCUUGGCUGCGCCAUCGACGCACACGGCCACAUUCGACCGCAAAUGCGAAUACGCUCAAGUCGAUUUUCAACUCGUGUGCUCCAGCGGAACUGUGGCAAUUGGCAGCUACAUUCGAUUUUGGACGCUCAUGGGCAUUUGCAUUGGAUCAGUCUUGAUCUGUUACCUGUAUGAACGCGUGGCACAGCCCAAGUUGCCGCCCCCGCCUCAGAAUUCACUUUUCCUGGCAUCGUCGGCCAAGUUUGUCUUUGACCCCGAACGAUGGGUGGACCACGAGGUGUACUACAUUGACCCUGCGUCGGCCGUGAUCAACGGCAUUCUAUCCGUGCGGUCCAACACUACGUUUUACAUUUUCGACUUGAAGAUUUGGCGGAUGUUUGUCAUUCAAGAGUCGGAAGCAAAGCGCAAACAACUCGAACAGGACGGGGACCUCCAUUUGCUGUCGGCUAUUCCGCUCACAGAUUGA